ACCAAUAAGGAAAUCCCGGUUUAUCACUUACUUUAAAAUAUCAAAACCUCAAAUUUAUUCAGAGAACACAUGAAAAUAAAAUGAGCAGCCUCUGGAUGGGCAACCUGGAGCCCUACAUGACUGAAGAGUUUAUAUCCAGAGCUUUUGCUCACAUGGGAGAAACUGUGAUGAGAGUCAGAAUAAUCCGAGACAAAGUAACAGGAAAACCCGCAGGUUAUGGUUUUGUGGAUCUGGUGGACGAGACUUCAGUAGAGAGAUGCCUUCGCAAAGUGAAUGGAAAAUCUUUACCUGGUGCAACUCCUACAAAAAGGUUCAAGUUGAGUCGUGCCAAUUACGGGAAGCAGGGGGAAAGCCGUUCCACUUUCUCUCUUUUUGUGUCGGAUCUCACAGCAGACGUGGAUGAUGGCAUGCUGUACGAGUUUUUUCAUUAUCAUUUCUCAUCGUGUUGCGGUGGGAAGAUCAUUCGGGACGGCGAUGGGUACUCAAAGUGCUGCGGGUUUGUGAGUUUUGAGAGUGAGAGAGAUCAGAGACGGGCCUUGGCAGACCUCCAGGGUGCUGCUGGGCUUGGGAAAAAAACAUUACGCCUCAGUUUGGCUACAAACAAACUGAAGAAGGAGCCUACAGAGAGACAGAAUUGGCAAUUCCAUGCAGAAAAUUGCAACAGCCGUAACUUAUAUCUGAACCAGUAUUAUUACCCACAGUACCUCAACCAUUCCUCUACGAUGAAUGACUGGAACCAUGAUAGCAACUACAUAAACUACUCUCAAAACAUCACUCAGGAUUAUGAAGAGAUGGAAGAUGAUAGCCUAGAGGAUCCAGACUCUGAACUCAAUGUGAUGGAGGCAAAUCAGAGGUUUAUGGAGCAGAGUGAGGAGUUUUACAGCGCUCUAAUUGGAUGCUUUUUUCAGCCUCCUGAGUCAUGGGAUGGGGUCACAUGUAGCGUAAUGUGUUGUCUACCAGAGCCAAUUUACCAAUAUGAGGAGAUGGACUAAGAAUCUACAUUUGUAUUGAUUUAUUGUAGCAAAGAAUGCAUUCUUAAAGUAAGCAAAUGUACAGAUGAAUAAAAUAUAAAGCAUUGAUAUUAGUAGAAUGCAGCGUAUGCAGUAAUGAAUAUCAGUUUAUUAUUAUGUUGCUGUUGCAGUGGAUAUUCAGUUUUUUUCUGUUUGUCAGUAUUUUUGUGUUCUUUUUAUGGAAAGCAUACAGUAAACAAAAGCUUGUGUUCAA